AUGGCGACUACAACACCAUCGGCAACAACGCAGAGCCACCAUACUAUCAGCAAGCGCAAGCGAGCGGUCGACGGCAAUCAUGAAAGUGUCCCCAAGCGACAGCGACAUCAACCAUCGUUGACGAAAGACGACACCACCCGUGCCAGCUUUGCAGAUCUUCCAGGAGAACUCAGAACCGCGAUCUACGAGUACGCUCUAUAUCCAGACAAUCGAUCGCCACUCCGACUGGCAGGUGGUGCAGGUCGUUACGUCGCCAUCAACCUCCUAGGUGCUACCAAGGUGAUACGGAAGGAGGCUGAAGCUCUGCUGUACAGCCUCAACACUUUCCGUAUCGACAUGCCUCGACUCUGCCACGACGUGGUGCCCAUGGGCGAGCUCGACAAGCUCACACCUGCAGGUGGACCGUCUACUCUGUCCGCGAAAGACUUCCAACGCCAUUGGCAGGAGCGUAAGGCCCGCAACGAGCUAGAACGGCAAUGGUCGGAUGCAGCAGGUCUGCCUGGCGUGCAUGCGGCACUACAGGCCAUGGGACCGAAGCGCUUGCGACAGAUUCGUUCCUUUGUGUUCGCAUACCAUGCUCAUCCUAACCCACUCAAGAACAUCCAAGACGUCCUGCAAUGUCCGGAGAAAGCGGAUAUAGCUAUCAGACUCGAGCUUACGACUAGAAAGCCGUACUUCAGCUGCUCGAUCGUGAACGAGCUUACGAGCGAGGCGGACGCGAAAAAGCGAGAUGUGUCUUUGGAGCAUGCGCUGGAGCUCUUUGAGAUGGAGGUUGAACCGCGACGACUGACCUAUCUGGCCAGGAGAGAUGUGGUCUUCUUCGGUCAGUGGUUGUGUAAGCAGUGCGAUCAGGCGAACGUGGGUGGCGUAGGAGGAUGGGGGAAUAUGGCAGGAAGCCCGAAGCUUCUGUAUCGACACAACUGGUGGUGA